GAGAGAGAGAGAGAGAGAGACUAGAGUGGGAGAGAGAGAGAGAGAGAGAGAGACUAGAGUGGGAGAUACGGAAAAGAAACAAAGCAUACUCCCUUUCCCUCACACACACACAUACUCCCAUUUGCGUUCACACACCGUGUGCUAGAGAGGCAGAGUGGAGCAUAUGCAGAGGAGAAUGGGCAGGUCUCUGAGUCCGAGGGAGAGAGAGGCAGACAGAUACACACUCUCCUCUCACCAAGAGUAACAGAAGAGAGAGAGAGUGAGGGAAGGAGGGAAGACAGGACUGGGACAACUCACACACUCUGUCUCACAGAUAGACGCUAGCUCGCGUGAGCUGCUUCCAGGCUGGACGGGAAUAGACGGUCUCCCUCUACAAACACAGAUACACACAGACAUACACACUGAGGGUCGUGCCAUGGUGGUCCAGGAGGCUGUAACCCCGGGUAGGACCCGCAGACUCAUGCUAAAACUACCCGUGGGAACAUUACGACGGAACAGUGGAGAGAGGAUGACAGAGGGGAGGCGAUGUCAGGUCCAUCUCCUGGACGACAGGAAGCUGGAGCUCCUCGUACAGCCCAAGUUGAUGGCCAAGGACCUGUUAGAUUUGGUGGCCUCCCACUUCAACCUGAAGGAGAAGGAAUACUUUGGGAUCUCCUACACAGACGAAACGGGUCAUUUCAGCUGGCUGCAGUUGGACCGGAGGGUUCUAGAACACGAGUUCCCCAAGAAGUCUGGACCCAUCGUCCUGUACUUCUGUGUCAGGUUUUACAUAGAGAGUAUUUCCUACCUGAAGGACAAUGCUACUAUCGAACUAUUCUUCCUCAAUGCUAAGUCCUGCAUAUACAAGGAGCUCAUUGAGGUGGACAGUGAGGUGGUCUUUGAGCUGGCCUCCUAUAUCCUACAGGAGGCUAAAGGUGACUUCAUCAGUAAUGACGUGACAAGGUCAGACCUGAAGAAGCUUCCAGCUUUGCCGACUCAGGCCCUGAAGGAACACCCAUCUCUGGCCUACUGUGAGGACCGGGUGAUAGAACACUACAAGAAGCUCAAUGGACAGUCCAGAGGGCAGGCCAUAGUCAAUUAUAUGAGCAUCGUUGAGUCUCUGCCUACAUAUGGAGUACAUUACUACACUGUUAAGGAUAAGCAGGGAAUUCCGUGGUGGCUGGGACUGAGUUAUAAAGGAAUCUUCCAGUAUGACUACCAAGACAAGGUCAAACCCAGGAAGGUGUUCCAAUGGCGUCAGCUGGAGAACCUCUACUUCAGAGAGAAGAAGUUCUCAGUGGAAGUUCACGACCCCAGGAGUAGGGCGUCGGUGACCAGAAGGACGUUUGGCCACAGUGGUAUAGCUGUCCACACCUGGUACGCCUGCCCUGCUCUCAUUAAGUCUAUCUGGGCCAUGGCCAUCAGUCAACACCAGUUCUACCUGGACCGCAAGCAGAGCAAGUCUAAGAUCCAUGCGGCUCGUAGUCUCAGUGAGAUAGCCAUCGACCUGACAGAGACUGGCACUCUGAAGACAUCUAAACUGGCCAACAUGGGCAGCAAGGGCAAGAUCAUCAGCGGCAGCUCUGGCAGUCUGCUCUCCUCAGGUUCCCAGGAGUCGGACAGUUCUCAGACAGCUAAGAAAGACAUGCUGGCAGCCCUGAGGGCCAGACAGGAGGCUCUGGAGGAGACUCUCAAACAAAGACUAGAGGAACUCAAGAACAUCUGUAUCAGAGAGGCGGAAUUGACAGGGAAGCUGCCUAAGGAGUAUCCAUUGGAUCCAGGGGAGGAGCCUCCGACGGUCAGAAGGAAGAUUGGCACUGCCUUCAAGCUGGACGAACACAAGAUCCAGCCGAAGGGAGAGGAGGAGGAGCUAGAGCGUCUAGAGAGGGAGUUUGCCAUCCAAUCCCAGAUCACAGAGGCUGCGAGGCGUCUGGCCAGCGAUCCGCACGUGAGCAGUAAGAAGCUGAAAAAACAGAGGAAGACGUCGUACCUGAACGCGCUGAAGAAACUCCAGGAGAUAGAAAACGCCAUCAACGAACACCGUGUCCGCUCUGGGAAGAAACCCACACAACGCGCUUCGCUUAUCAUAGAGGAGGCCAACAUGGGCUCAGAGGACAGCUCUCUGUCUGACGCUCUGGUCCUAGACGACGAUGACCCCCAGAUGACAGGGACCCCCACCUUCUCUCCGGCAGCGUCUCCCCAUAAGGGCCUCCCUCCCCGGCCUCCCUCCCACAGCCGGCCCCCUCCCCCCCAGUCUCUAGAUGGCCUCAGCCACCUGCACUACGCCCGCUCCGAAUACGACAAGUCCCCCAUCAAACCCAAGAUGUGGAGCGAGUCCUCGCUGGACGAACCCUAUGAGAGGGUCAAGAAACGCUCUUCACACUCCAAUCACAGGCGGUUACCCGGCACUGGUAGUUGUGCAGAGGCAGGAGGCAGUAACUCUCUGCAGAGUAGCCCCAUCAGGAGUGUUCCUCACUGGAGCUCCCAGUCCAGCAUGCCCUCCACCCCCGACCUGAGGACCAGGACCCCUCACUACGUACACUCCACCAGGUCUGUGGACAUCAGUCCCACCCAUCUGCACAGUCUGGUUCAGCACUUUAGGAACCGCAGCUCCAGCCUGGAAUCUCAGGGCAAGCUGCUGGCCUCCGACCCCGACACACACACUCACACACACACCCUGGGAGCCCCUGGCAGCCCAGACAUCUUCCUGGCCCCGGGGACUCGCAGCUCCAAUGGCUCUGACCCAUUGGACGACUGUUCGUCCUGUACCUCCCAGAGCAGCUCAGAACACUACUACCCUGGGGUAGCUCCAGGCUCCAACCCAAACUACUCCACCCUAGGAGAGGACUCCCCUUCCAAAGCCAGGCAGAGACAGAGACAGAGACAGAGGCACAGGUCUGCAGGUCACCUUGGUUCCUCUAACUCUGGCUCCAUGCCCAACCUUGCAGCCAAGAAUGGUUCAGGGUGCGGUGGUACGGGGGUGGCAGGGACUGGGUCAGGGCAGCAUGGGGUGUACCUCCAGCCCUCGUCCCAGCCAGAGCCAGCCCCUCGUCGUGCGGACUCCCCCUGGGUACCAGAUGAGGAUUACCAAGCAGUCGGCUCGCUGCAAGGCACGCUGGGACUUGGACGAGGGAGCAGGGUGGGGACACUCGCCAAGGGAUCACCAGCAUCCCCUCACAGCCCGAGGAGUGGGACUCCCUCUAGUGAACAGGCCGCAACACCCACGCCCCCCUGCAGCCCACAACACAUCCUCAACUGGCAGAGCGGGUCAUUCAAUGAUAGUUGUUUUCUCAGCAGUCCUCUGUGUUCAGAGCUGGCAGAUGUCCAGUGGUACGGACACGACAAGGCCAAACCUGGAACCCUGGUCUGACCUACUGACCACCACCUAACACCUACUGACCCUUACUGACCCUCAACACUGACCUUCCACCAACCUCUCCUCUAGCCCUGACUAGACUGGCCUCAUCAUGGACAGGAAACCCUCCUCCAUCCCUCCCUUUAUCCAUAUUUCCCUUUAUCAUUUUAUGUGCAUAUCAAGUUUGGUUGAGCUGGUGUUUAUAGGAAGGACAUGCCCAACUGGGCAGGACUAUUGCUGUGGAACAGCCAAACAGAACUGCUAAAUGAUCGUGAACUCUGACCUUUAAUCCCUGACCCUGCUUCAGUCUGAGCCCCAGGGAGACCAGGAGUGGGAAAGGGGGGAGGGUAAGAGCACACACACACACACACAACCCCCUGCCCAGACUACACGGCCCUCAGGCCCUGACUUAUAUCUACCCCUGACCCCAGUGUGAUGCCAGCCAAUCAGAGGAUACCUGCAAGAUGAAAUGUGUUUUGGCUCAAAUUCUGGGCCUGUGUGUGUACGCUGGAUCUGCUAGGUUAAUUUCAUUGUUGAAGUCUUUGUUUAUGUCUCUGUAUCGUUUUGUACAAAAAAAUGAAAAUAUUGCUUGGGAGAGACUCAAUUACUUUUUCACCCUUUAGGAAAAUUGCAGAGCAGAUUAUUGAAGAAUUCUAGAUUAUCUGAAAGACAAACGUACAAACAUUCCCAACAAUUAUAAUCCCAAUCCCAAAUAUCUAUCCCACAACCAAAGAUCCAGCUUACUGACCAAUGGCACCAGUCCACACUGGGAACACUGGUUUAUCAUACUGGAAGCUACACCCCACAUACUGGGAGUUUUCAGAGGAACGGAAAGACUGGUCAAUUCUACUGGGAUCCUGCUGGGAGUUCUGAGCACAUCUAUUGGGAUGUCAGUCAUCUGGAUUGGGGGUGUACAACAGCCAGCCAGACUGAUCAACUAGUCUCUGAUACUGGAACUAUCCACACUGCUACUGAGCAGUGAGCUCCUGGACUUGGAUGUUUUGCCACUAUGCUGGGGAACUGUGCUUAGCUGUACUGGGAGAUUAUGGGCGAACUGGGGGUCCUGCACAGCCAGACCACAAACAGACAGGGACAGACGGGGGGCCCUGCACAGCCAGAUCAGGGACAGAAUGGGGGCCCUGCUCAGCCAGACCAGAGACAGACAGGGAUGGACUGGGGGCCCUGCACAGCCAGACCAGAGACAGACAGGGACGGAAUGGGGGCCCUACACAGCCAGACCAGAGACAGACAGGGACGGAAUGGGGGCCCUGCUCAUCCAGACCAGAGACAGACAGGGACGGAAUGGGGGCCCUGCUCAGCCAGACCAGAGACAGACAGGGACGGAAUGGGGGCCCUGCUCAGCCAGACCAGAGACAGACAGGGACCGACUGGGGGCCACAGACACUUCUUCAGGGUUUGGGUCCUGGAGAGCCAGAAUAUGCUAGGAAUCUCUUGCUAAAAAGCUAAUGUCUUGAGUUUGGGUGAAACUGUAGCAAUGUGUGUAGUAGUUUUGGGUUGAAUUGGAAUUAAGAACACAUGUAGUUUUGUGGGUUUAUUUCCAAACAUAUCUGCAGGGUUUCAGUGGUCUAUUUCAUCUGGCUCCUCCCCUUCAUUUGACUUUCUGGUGAGAGGUGAAAGCUAAUUGGAUGUUUAGGGCUGUGUGGAGCUGUCAAUCACACAGUUGUAGCGAAGGGCACACCCCUCCCUCACAGUCGAGCUGUGCAUAUUAUGAGAUUGGUGAGAUAUUAAACACUUCUCCAUGCGUUGUGACAUCAUAUACCUGACUGUCGGUGCAGUCCUAUGUUAAAAACGGGAUGUAACCCAUGUUUAAGGACCAGUCUGUCUGUGUCACGUCAAUCUGUCAGUCUGUCUGUCUGUCCAACCCCAAGAUUGGGCAUCGUCUCAGACACCAGUGUAGUAUAUUUGCCGGUUAAUAUUUAGACAAAGCUUGAGACCUGUAAACUCCAGAGGGUCCUCAUUUGUACAGGUCAUUAUCUCAGGCUAUACUCUCUCUGCCUAACAUCUAUCAACCGGUCAGAACACACACACAUCUUGUGUGUGGAUUCACACACACACACACAUUCUUUUCUCAGUGGUGCCAUCUAUGUCUGUACUCUGACCCAGCACUGAAAACCAGGGGCGCUACUUUCACUGGGGGCGGGGGGGACACAUUCUGAAAUUGCAUUUUUGUCACCCCCAGUUUUAACAUUGGAAUGUGAUACAAAACUAGGCAACGGUGUGCUUUAGGACCAUGUGGACGCCUUCGAGUAGUCGGGUAGGCUGUUUGGAAUGUUAAUAAUAAUAAUAAUAUGUCCCCCCAACUUCUUAAACCAAAGUCGCGCCCCUGCUGAAAACAGCCGCUCACUAAAACUACAAACCAUAUAACUACAAAUCCCACAGGGCCCAGUUCCUAGUCUAGCAGAGGAAGUGUCUGCUGUAUAGCGAUCCUGCUUCCCAGAGCCAAAUGAACAGCAGGAAGAGGUCUAUACACCAAUCAGAGAGAUGUCAAGUUAAGUAUUCAAUCUAAGUUUUGAUACCAGAGCACAACAUACACAGUUAAAUACAAUAUAUGAAAACUAUGGGCUCCCGAGUGGCACGGCGGUCUAAGACACUGCAUCUCAGUGCAAGAGGCAUCGCUACAGUCCCUCAUUCGAAUCCAGGCUGUAUCACAUCCGGCCAUGAUCGGGAGUCCGAUAGUGGUGGAGCACAAUUGGCCGAGGUAGGCCGUCAUUGUAAAUAAGAAUUUGUUCUUAACUGAAUUGCCUAGUUGUUUUAUAUAUAAACUAUAGGCCUAUAAUAUACAGAAGCAGUUUUCAUCUAGUUCUCCUCCUGACGUUUUGAUACAUAUAAGGGGAUUAAGAGCAUCUGCAUAACAACACAUUCAUGAUGUAAGAGUAAAUCCAGACUUUAUAUAAAAAAGUAACACACACACAUAUAGUAUAGAAAUAAUGUCACACCAGAACCAAACAGGGUGUUUAUAUUAUUGUGCUUCUAUUACUACACUGAACAAAAAUAUAAAUACAACAUGUAAAGUGUUGGUCCCUUGUUUCAUGAGCUGAAAUAAAAGAUCCCAGAAAUGUUCCAUAAAAAGCUUAUUUCUCUCAAAUGUUGUGCACAAAUUUGUUUACAUCCCUUUUUCGGGAGAAUUUCUCCUUUGGCAAGGUAAUCCAUCCACCUGACAUGUGUGGCAUAUCAAGAAGCUGAUUAAACAGCAUUAUCAUUACACAGGUGCUGGGGACAAUAAAAGGCCACUCUAAAAUGUGUAAUUUUGUCACACAACACAAUGCCACAGAUGUCUCAAGUUUUGAGGGAGCGUUCAAUUGGCAUGCUGAAUGCAGGAAUGUUAAUUUCUCUACGAUAAGCCACUUCCAACGUUGUUUUAGAGAAUUUGGCGGCACGUCCAACUGGCCUCACAACCGCAGACCACGUGUAUGGCGUCUUGUGGGAAAGCAGUUUGCUGAUUUCAUUAUUGUGAACAGAGGGCACCAUGGGGGCGGUGGGAUUAUGGUAUGGGAAGGCAUAAACUACGGACAACGAUCACAAUUGCAUUUUAUCAAUGGUAAUUUGAAUGCACAGAGAUCCAGUGACGAGAUCCUGAGGCCCAUUGUCGUGCCAUUCAUCCGCCGCCAUCACCUCAUGUUUCAGCAUGACAAUGAACGGCCCAAUGUGGCACAGAUCUGUACACAAUUCCUGGAAGCUGAAUAUGUUCCAGUUCUUCCAUGGCCUGCCUACUCACCAAAUAUGUCACCCAUUGAGAAUGUUUGGGAUGUGCUGGAUCAACGUGGAUCAGAGUGUUCCAGUUCCCUCCAAUAUCCAGCAUAACCGCGCACCCAUUGAAGAGGAGUGGCACGACAUUCAAAGGCCACAGUCAACAGCCUGAUCAACUCUAUGCAAAGGAGAUGUGUUGCGCUGCAUGUGGCAAAUGCUGGUCACACCAGAUACUGACUGGUUUUCUGAUCCAUGCCCAUACCUUUUUUUUAAGGUGUCUGUGACCAACAAAUGCACAUCUGUAUUCCCAGUCAUGUGAAAUGAAAAGAUUAUGACCUAGUGCAUUUAUUUAAAAAGCUCAUUUCAUGAUAUGAACUGUAAGUCAGUAAAAAAAAAAAAAAUGUUGCAUGUUGCAUUUAUAGUUUUGUUCAGUAUAGAUGAUGUCAUCAAUUAACUCUGAACUUUGACAUUGGUUUAGUAAGUGAGGCCAUCACCGUAUCCCACGGUAACAGGUCUGUGACACAGCGAGAACUUAUAGCCAUACCCCUGAACCCCUACAUUUCAUUUAUAGAUUCCAUACACCUCUUGCUUACGUAGACCGACACAUAGACCAACUCUUGUUAUAAGCAAAUUCUAAAACAAGUAUUUUAAAGCACACCUUAUGGUUUUGUACUGGGGAAAAGAAACCUUUGACUAACAUUGUUGUAAUGCUGUAUGUGGACAGUCCUUAUUGUGUGUACAAAAACCCAAACAAAACAAUUAAUUGCGGACUCUCAAGCACAUGUUUGCCUGUGCUUUGUACAGGGUUUAUAUCCUCCAUUGAAUCUUUAAAAAACACAAAUAUAAAAAAUGGUUUAAAGGUUGCACAAAAAUCUUACCCUGUCAGAUUAGUUGAACUUGUACCAUGCAGCAAGUUGGAACUGAAAUUCCUUCUGUUUGUAGGAGUUUUACAGCCCCCUCCCCAACCCUGCCUCAGGUGUUCUGGUAAAAUGCUGUGUUUGACCUCUCCUGUAGUUCACCUACUUAGAAUCACUGGGGAACUGCAUUCUGCCAUCAGCUAUGCUAUGCUAUGCUAAGGCUUGUUAGCCUGUCCAUUCCCCCUGAAUGAGCCACCUCUGCUAGCUCACACCAUACUAUGCAUGCUCUGUGGUUCCCGAAACAAACAAAAAUGAACAAAUAAACCCAAAACAUGAGCAGUCCAUGUGUUAAGACCAUCCCUCUCCCCUCACCUUUUCCUCCUAAACAGAGAAUAAUUUCUGUAUCCAUGACAACACCCAGUUUGACAUUUACAUUACAUUUAAGUCAUUUAGCAGACGCUCUUAUCCAGAGCGACUUACAAAUUGGUGAAUUCACCUGACUCCUAACCCCUGUGGUAAUCUCUGACCUCUGAGCCCAAUGUGACGCUGUGUGUUGUAUCCUCUUCUAUAGCCCCCCCUUCGACCAUACUAUGUGUACCCCUUACGCCAAUACUGUCUGUACUCCAUAGAAGCAUAAAACAUUUUUAUAGUUAAAGAAGAUUAAACUAACUAUUUUAUCAACCUCUUUCCUGAACAUGCUGUAUGGAGGGGCACUGUAAGCCUACGUGGAGUUUUUAACAUUGUUUAACCUUGUUUCCAAGUUCUAACAUAGUAAGAAUCCUUUCAGGUGCUACAUGAUGACCAGUUACUGCUUUGUCACAUAGGAUAUAGACUCUGCUCAUUGUUGUCAAUAGUUUUAAUACCAGUUGUGCAGAAUGGAAACCGUUCCUUUAAGCGCCAGUUCAGUAAGACACCACUCCACCAGACCAUAGAGCAUGUAACAUGAUUUGAUUUGUUCUCUUCAACGUUAACCUGACAAAAAGGUGUUGUAGGAAAAAAACUAUGUGGAAUUCACACAAAAAAAGACAGAAUUCAACAGUUAAUUUAUUAUUUUUUCUAUUAAGAAUUUGUAUAGUAACUGUACAUUUUUCUAAAUGGUGUUGUUGGCAACUGAUGAUGAAAUGUCCAGAUGAGAAGACUUGGUGGUUAUUGAGAUUAGGAAAAUAAAUUAUUGCUGAAUGUU